GACAGCGACCCGAAGCCAGGGAUACAUCCCUACUCCCCCAACCCUCCACCCCCGACCCUAGCCACCAGAGGGACGGGCUCUGUGCCGACUCUGGGUCCAGAGGCUGCUUUGAUGUUGUGUCUUGAAGGCAAAGCCUAGCUAGAUCUUCAUCCUCGCCAUUCAUGCUUCCUGUCCCUUCUGACUUGCUCCAUGAUGUCCUUUGGCUGGGGGUGGGAGGGCUUUGCCCUAAAUGACUCACUCUUUGCUCUUCACUUCCCAUUCUGAUGAUCUGCUGACAGAAACCAAGGUUUGGGAUUUCCACUUGGUUCCUUUUGGGUCUGUGGCUUCCUGUCCUUUCCUUUGAGCAUCAUAUGGUAACCCAAGAUAAUAGAGAGGUCACACUUUCAAAAAUCACUUAAGUUCAGUUCCUUCCUUUUAUGGGGUUGUUGGAGUUUUUGGUAUAGGCACCUGCUUUAGACUUAUCGUUCCCCAUGCUGCCCUCUUUGCUUAUAUGUCCCUCCACCAUCAGUCCUCACCUAGUGCUUAAUUUUAAUUGAUGCACCCUUACAAUGUAAUAAAACUCGAGAGGAGGUGGAAAUUGAUUUACCAACUGGGCCCGCUUUCAAGGUUCACCUGGGGUGUUAUGGUGUCUACAGCUGCUGAGCUGACAGAUGUUACCUGCUGCAUCGUGGGGGGGGGGGUUGUUUGUUUGUUUUUGUUUUUCUUAAAAGGCCUAAUACAGUGUUCCCCAAACUGCACAUAGAGCUAUUUGAGAAUCUUUAAAAAAUACUGACUGCUGGCUCUCAGACCCAGACUUUCUGAUUCAAGUGCUGUAGAGUAUGACCAACUCCCCGGGUGAUUCUAAUGUGCAGCAAAUUUUGGGAACCAGUGUCCUAGUGUUUCCCAAACCUACCUGAACAUGAAGGACUCAUCUGAGGAAUUGUUUAAAGCUGGGUGUUUGUGUGGGAAAAGGGCUACCAGGAAAUGGACUCUGUGGUCAGCUCUGUUACUGCCAAAGCCAAGGGUGUAACCACGACCAAUACUUCUAAACUUGGAUUCCGGAUCUGGGAUGUGGCCGAUUAUGUGAUUCCAGCUCAGGAGGAAAACUCCCUCUUCAUCAUGACCAACAUGAUCGUCACCAUGAACCAGACCCAGGGCCUCUGUCCUGAGAUUCCAGAUGAGACCACCGUGUGUGAAUCCGAUGCCAACUGUACUGCUGGCUCUGCAAGCACCCACAGCAAUGGAGUUGCGACAGGAAGGUGCGUGCCGUUCAAUGAGACCGUGAACACAUGCGAGGUGGCAGCCUGGUGCCCGGUGGAGGAUAACGCACAAGUGCCAACGCCUGCUUUUUUAAAGGCUGCAGAAAACUUCACUCUUUUGAUUAAGAACAACAUCUGGUAUCCCAAAUUUAAUUUCAGCAAGAGGAAUAUCCUUCCCAACAUCACCACUACCUACCUCAAGACGUGCAUUUAUGACGCUAAAACAGAUCCCUUCUGCCCCAUAUUCCGACUUGGCAAAAUAGUGGAGAACGCAGGGCACAACUUCCAGGACAUGGCUGUCGAGGGAGGCAUCAUGGGCAUCCAGAUCAAAUGGGACUGCAACCUGGACAGAGCCGCCUCCCUCUGCUUGCCCAGGUAUUCCUUCCGCCGCCUGGACACCCGGGACGUGGACCACAACGUGUCCCCAGGCUACAAUUUCAGGUUUGCCAAGUACUACAACGACCUGACCGGCACCGAGCGCCGCACGCUCAUCAAAGCCUAUGGCAUCCGAUUCGACAUCAUCGUGUUUGGAAAGGCUGGGAAAUUUAACAUCAUCCCCACCAUGAUCAACAUUGGCUCUGGCUUGGCGCUCUUAGGGGUGGCAACAGUGCUGUGUGAUGUCAUUGUCCUCUACUGCAUGAAGAAAAGAUACUACUAUCGGGAGAAGAAAUAUAAAUAUGUGGAAGACUAUGAGCGGGGUCUUGGCAGUGAGACGGACCAGUGAUGCCCACCCCACACCUGGGCUCUCCUUGGCCCUCAUCAGAGCACAGCAAGGAGGGAGAAAAGGCUGCCUGCCAUGUCACCCCAGAGGAAGUUCCAGAUUCUGAGUCAGUCUCCACAAGUACUGCAGGGUUGCCCAGCUGCUCCCAUGUCUGGUGUGUAGGGUUUGCGUAGUAAACCACUAUGCACGUUGGUCACCUCCUGUCUGUGGCUGGGUCACCUCUGCCGUUCCUUCUCUUUGGGGUCACUGGGGCAAGCUCUGGCCCGAGGGCAGUGAAGUGGCUGUGGCUACAGGGCCGAGGACUUCUCCAGGGCCGGGUCUCCUCAGAAGCUUCCAUCUCCAGCCCCCUUCGAGACAGGCCCAGUCCUCCAAGGCCCGGCAGCUCCACUCAAGCACUGUAUAAGGAAGGCGGGACACCUGGCUGUGCUUGUAGCUCUUCGGCACUUCCAGGCUGCUGUUCCCCUCCCCCCACCCGAGGCUUCAACCAUGAGGCGGAGCUAGUGUUUUUCCUUUGAGAAGAGCUACAUUGAGAUGACUGAGGACCAAACAUUAAAACAAAUGAUUUUCUUAA